GGCCGGGCUUUGUUGACCUUUAAGAGUUCUGUCCCGAAAUGCCCCACUCGCAGUUCCCCGCAUGGCGUCUAGGAUUCCCCUCAGGGAUGGGAAAAGGACCGGAAGGCUAGCCUUGAUAGGUAUACAGGCGUUGCUCCAACAUCCGUUACUUGUCUACAGUAAACGGUAGAUAUAUGCGUACAUAUCGAUACACAAAUCGUGGCGGGCCUCCACAUCCUCUCCAAAUGCCAAUGUCGACUCAAAGUACACUACCGAGGUGGUAUAGCUACCAAGGUCCGUCUCGUAGGCGGCAAGGCUUACCUAGUAACUAAGCCAUCCUUCAGAAAGAGGGGUAGAUGUGGAUAGGGUGGAUCAUUAGCUGCCCACUCCUCGCGUUUAUGAAUUGAUCCUUUUCUCGUAUUCUUGAACUGUAGUCAUUGCCGGUUCCCUCGCCUUCUUUGAACUAUACACCUACUCUACCAAAAUGGCAGACACUAAAGUCCAGACCUUCGACAUCCCCAAGACAUGUAAAGGGGGUGUUGUUGUGAACGAAGGCCCAGACUUUCAUGUUGAGGUGCAAGACCUCCCAGUGCCCGAGUGUGGACCCACGGAUGUUCUUAUCAAGCUUAAUGCGACUGGCAUAUGCCACUCAGAUCUUCACUUUAUGCUCAACGACUGGGCGAUGCCGAAGAUGUCAGAUCUUGGCACAAGAUGCGCUGGACACGAAGGCGCAGGCGUCAUUGUCAAAGUCGGAGAGCAUGUCAAGACUCUGAAGCCUGGUAUGCGGGCUGGAUAUAAGCCUGUGCAGGAUACUUGUGGGGCUUGUGAGAGUUGUCGCGACGGUAAUGAAUGUUACUGCCAAAAAGCCGUCAUUACCGGACUCAUGGUUGACGGCUCGUACAAGCAAUACGUCCUCUCGCCCGAGCGAUACACGACCUUGAUUCCAGACGGCGUGAGCGACUUUGUUGCAGGACCCAUCAUGUGCUCUGCUGCUACGAUAUACACUUCACUCAAAGAAUCCGGACUACGACCCGGUGACUGGGCCGUUUUUCCUGGUGCUGGAGGUGGUGUUGGACUUCAAGGAGUCCAAUUGGCCUCGGCCAUGGGUCUCCGCCCUGUAGCCAUUGAUACUGGGGCUGAGAAGGAAAAGCUGUGCAUGGAAGUAGGACGCGCGGAGCACUUCAUCGACUUUAAGAAAGUCGAGAAUGUGGCCGAGGAAGUAAUACGGACGUGUGGUGGGAUUGGCGCGCAUGGUGUCUUUGUCACUGCUGUGCAGUCGUACCCGUCUUCGAUAUCAUAUCUGGGCAAACGAGUUGGUGGAAAGGUCAUGUGCGUCGGGCUGCCGCCGGCCGGUACUCAGCAUAUCGAUGUUGACCCUAACCAAAUGUGCUUCUUCAAGCAGAGCGUACACGGCACGCUUGUGAGCAGCAUGGCAGAUGUGGAUAAGACGCUUGAUUUCGCGCGCCGCGGACUUCUCCGACCAAUCUACACGGUCUACCCUAUGAGCCAGUUUAAUGAAGCGGUGCAGAAGCUGAAGCGUGGGGAGAUUGCUGGUAGGGCUGUAGUCGAUUUCAACCAGGAGUAG